UCGGACGGAUGGUUGUCCAUUUUCCUCGAUGCAAACGCAGUCGGUUCACGAAGUCAUCGCUCAGUAGAUCAGGGGGUGAGGUUUGGCGAACGGGGUAGAUAACGUACCGGUAAUCCGAAUCAGCACACUACGCAGGUGGUUUGCUAGCGUCACCUUUACUUUAGACGACGCUGCUACAGUAGAUCUACUCAGUAGGCUUGUAAGCUGUAGACCGAAUUAGUGGCUCCCGCGUACUUCUAAUACAGUGGACACUAUUGGUUGGCAACGGUAAUGUCGGUCCUUCUUUCCAUGGAUCGGUGCUAACCGUCCAACUCGGCCAGCAGGUGUACCAGUACUACUACCAUCUAGCUCAUCUUGUGUACACGUCUACAUGUAGCUGUGCUGUGAACGAGCACAGAACUCUUUAGUAGGCUAGACGAUCUCUUCUUCCCUUCUUUUUUUCUUUCUUUCCAAGGCCCACUUAGAAACGCUUGCGGGGCACACUGACACUCUUGCCAGUUGUGGGUGUAGUGAUACUGGAGAUCGCCCCCUCUCAGCCUCUGUUAGCGUCUUUCCUUGCAACGCCGGCCCGGCUUGCGGCUAUGGACAGGAGGCGAGGUGAAGGCGGCCUUGUGAAAGCCCUAGCAGUACUACUGGGUUGGACAGGGCCACGUAAUGACUGUUCCUGUGGUGGUGGUGGUGGUGGUGGUGUGCGGAGUGUGGCGCAGUGCUUGUCCGCCACACUUAUUGUCCUGGCCACCAUGUCUGUGCAUACUGGCGCUGCGGAUGAAGUCAUGCUCGGGCCAUGCGCGCCAUACCAAGCCUUGACCGAGGAUGGCUGCAGUAGGGAUGAGAUCAACGCUGAUCUAUACAUUGGUGGAUUGUUCCCCAUCCACCGAUUGGAUUCGACCACUGGAAAAUGUCCUAAUCGUCCGACAUUGGGCUAUGAGUUCUUGCAACUGCCAGAAGCCAUGCGUGCAGCUGUGGACGAAAUCAACAAGAACCCGGAUAUUCUCCCGAACGUAACGCUUGGUUACGAAAUCCGAGACACGUGUACGUCACCCACAUACGCGUUACGUCAGAGUCUGGAAUUCUUAGGCCGGUCCACGAAUGGCGACGAGAAGUGUACUGAGUGGAAUUCUUUGCCCGGUGCUCUAACAGAACCAAACGUUGUGGGUAUUGUGGGACCAGCUCUGAGUGCGGUUAGUGCCAAAACUGCACAGCUACUAGGUCUGUUUCGCAUCCCCAUGAUCAGCUAUGCUUCAACCAGUCCUCGCUUCAGCGAAAAGGCCGACUUUCCCUACUUCUUCAGAACCGUGCCGAGCCACGCUCGUACCGGAGUUGCCAUAGCGUCUAUCAUUCGCAAGCUGAAUUGGAACUUCGUCGGGUUCGUGUACACAUCGGACCACUACGGCACGGAUGGUAUUGCCACGGUAAAGAAUGCACUUGGUAUGACCGAGGAGAGCUGCCCCGUCGAGUCGUCAAUGUCCUCGUCGCAUGAUGUUACCGAUCUGUGCCAAUCGAAGACGUGGGAGUUUGAGUAUGGACAGCCCAGUAACGAUAGUCGACUAGGCGACAUUUGGAACGAGAUUCUCUACACGGAGCCCAUCAACAGGUCGACUGUAAUAGUGGUCAUCACCCUACCGGUGGAGUCCAACUAUUUUUUCAAUUAUCCGAGGAACUAUGGCGGUGCCAAGAUGUAUAGGGAUGCUCUGGAGCGCAAUAUCACCUUCAUAGGCUCGGACGGAUGGGGUGAUAUUGCACUCGGGGUUGUGGGUUCACUGGACCUCACACGCGGAGCAGUGAGUGCCGUCUCCAAGGUCUCGCCGCACAACGAGUUCCGACGGCACUGGUCGCAGCUCAAUCCGGCACGCAACAGAGACGUUCCCUGGCUGAAGGACCUGUGGUAUGAUGUGUUCAGCUGCGAAGCCACGCCGGCAAUGAGCAACCGUGGCAGCAAUGGCACUGAUAGUGAGAGUGCCGCCGAGAUCAAUAGCACUGCACUGGCUGACGACGGCGGCGACUGUGUGACCAAGAACACCCUGGCCAAGAACUACAUGAUGAUAAGCAAAGUUCCACACAUCUACACUGCAGUACUGGCAAUGGCCUCCGCUCUCGACGCGAUCUACACACGCUGCAAUGAAAGCAAGGACUGCUUAAAGCGAAGGGCCAGUAGAGAUCUGUUUUCAGCGCUGAAGACGGUAAAUUUCACUACCUUCGACAAGAGAAGGUUCCAGUUUGAUUCGAAUGGUGACACAGCGAACCCUAUCUAUAACAUCAAGAAUAUCCAAGUGCCAUCAGGUUCCGACGGAACGGAAUUCACGUUCACCGAUGUUGGUCAUUACGGCGCCGCCAGGGCUGUGGUGAAGGCGCCGUCCGAUUGCCCCAGCAGCAUCAUAACGUCUGAUGGCACUGUCACCUGCGUGACGGAGACAUUCUAUUUGAACGAGUCGGCAGUGACCUGGAAUUCCGGCCUCUCUACAAGACCUGUAUCGAUGUGCAGUGAGCCGUGCCCUCCGGUCGGCUACAAGCGACUUUUCGGCGGAGAGACGGCGUGCCAGACGUGCUGCUGGUCAUGCAAGCCAUGUCCAGCCAACUACUAUUCGAACUCGUCCACGAAUUCACAGUGCAGCGAAUGCUCACGUGACGAAACUAGUUCUGAAGCCAGUGCGACGUGCAGCAAUGUGGUUACAGAGAGAUUCUCCAUGGCGUCCGGUGUUCUCCCAUUCGUGAUGGUUAUCCUGUCAGCUCUUGGCGUCGCAGGAAUGAUCGCUGCUAUUCUGCACAGCCUGAGGAAAGCCAGGGAUGGAAGCUUCUUCGUACUUGGCAAGGAGCCCACUCUCCUAUGCUUGUCGGGAUUUCUCCUCGCCUACCUUUCCGGCUUGGUGGAGAUUGGAGGUCCAACUGCCGGGGCUUGUUUCAUGCGGGUGUUCCUGUCUUCCAUCGGUUUGACUGCAGUCAGCUCUUCCCUGGUUGCCUAUGCGUUGUACCGUGUCACGGAUGUACGAGACAUGUCCGUCUCCUGGAUCUUAGCAUUGCCCAGGUAUCGUGUAGUGUGGAGCAUGGCUGCUGAGGGUGUCACCCUGUGUUUGCUGAUCAUCUCCUGCUCGCAUGGUCAGUGCACAUCCGCCGUGCAGACCGUGUACGAUCACGUCCGGGUCGAGCAGCGCUGCGGAUUCCGGUCCGUCGACACUGCCUUCGUAGCCUACCUGUGCGUGCUGCAUGCCGUUCUGAUUGGGCUCUGUGUGAUCAUGGUGGCAACGGUCAAGCAGCGAGGAAUAGGACGGCACAGCGCGUAUGAUCUGCGCACUCGCAUGUUCCCCAUGAUGUCCGUGGCGGCUGGCCUAUCCUCGCUACUAGCCGUUACGUUUCUCAUCAUGUCGUCAAGAGCCAAUGAAGCGUGGUCACCGCAGGCUGAAGACAGUGUACUGCACGUCGUUACGCUAGAGGUUGCCACCGCCUUCUUUCUGGUCGUCUUCCUGCAGCCGCUGCGAAAGCUGGGACGGGUCAAAGACGACGACACAGCCGACCGAGCUGUCCGACUCAUGGGUAGCGAGCGCAUGACCGCAGUGUUCACUGGUGCUACAGGUCAAGAUCAACACUCUAGAUAUGUGGGUCGCAGUUUGGAACUGGACACUCCAUGCUGCACUACGCACGUACCUAUGACAGUACAUGCACAGAGCCAGUGUGAUGAGGGAACGGUCAUCUGCUUCCCAGGAUUGCAGGACAGAGAGGGGGUUUGCACAGGCGAUGAACUCGGUGACGAUGUUUGUAAGGCAGGCGUUGAUGCUCAGGUAUAAGCUACAUUCAGUUCGACAGAUAUCCUGGAAGAAAGCAUGGCCAGAAAAGACUAGAAUGGCAUAACGGAUAUUCCCUGCGGUGUGCGGUGUGCUCUCUCUCUCUCUCUCUCUCUCUUUCUCUCUCUCUCUCUCUCUCUCUCUCUCUCUCUCUCUCUCUCUCUCUCUCUCUCUCUCUCUCUCUCUCUCUCUCUCUCUCUCUCUCUCUCUCUCUCUCUCUCUCUCUCUCUCUCUCUCUCUCUCUCUCUCUCUCUCUCUCUCUCUCUCUCUCUCUCUCUCUCUCUCUCUCUCUCUCUCUCUCUCUCUCUCUCUCUCUCUCUCUCUCUCUCUC